UCCUUCUUUUUUAGGGCAAGCAAACAGCCCCUAAGUAACUCUAAUCCUUCACUAAACCCUUGCAAGGAUCGAUAUCAAGGAGAUCUCAGCAUCCUCUUUGGAGUUAAAAUCCUUUUAAAUUGAGUAGCAGAAUUCUAUUACGACUAACAACAAAUUGGAUUCUGAAGUUGUAGGCUGAGGUCAGCAAUGGCGGAUUUCCAGACCUCUACUCAUCGUGCAAAGUGGAUUUUCACCCCUCAGGAACUGAUGGAGAAGCGUGAAGCUGCAAAUCAAAGAGCUAUAAAAAUGCUGGAGCAGUAUGGUUCCACGCGUGUGGAGGUGGAUAUUGAUGGUUCACUGUCAUAUCCUAAGCCUUUACAAGGCAACGCUGAACGACACUCUCUUCCGAAACCUCUUAAUUGUGAAGAGGAGCAAUUCAUGCGGGUAUUUUAUGAACAGAAAAUUCAAGAAGUUUGUGGAGCAUUUAGAUUCCCUCAUAAAAUUCAGGCAACAGCCAUAAUAUACUUCAAAAGGUUUUAUUUGCAAUGUUCUGUAAUGGAGCAUCAACCAAAACACAUAAUGCUAACUUGCAUAUAUUCUUCCUGCAAGGUAGAAGAAAAUCAUGUUUCUGCUGAGGAACUUGGUGGAAUUCAGCAGGAUCAUCUAAUUCUUAAUAAUGAGAUGAUUGUUCUCCAGAAUUUGGGAUUUGAUCUUAUUGUUUAUGCACCAUACCGGUCAAUUGAAGGCUUUGUUGAGGAUAUGCAGGAGUUCUGCCAAGCAAGGGACAAUGAGCAAGAAAAAUUAAAGGAGUUGCAAGAAGCUGCCAAAUCAGAGGUUGAUAGGAUGAUGCUGACGGAUGCACCUCUUCUCUUCCCCCCUGGGCAGUUGGCAUUGGCUGCUUUGCACAGGUCAAAUGAAGUACUCGGAGCUCUCAAUUUUGAAAGAUACUUGGAGAGUAUGCUAUCUCGGCAGGGAGUUCACACCACAACAGAGCUUGCUCAAACCAUGUCAUCCAUUGAGCUUUUGCUGGCAAAACUAAAAAUUCCAACUGCUAAGGAUAUGAGGCAUAUUGAUCGAAAAUUAAAGAGCUGCUGGGAUCCUAGCUCAAAAGAUGAAAGCAAGAAACGAGAGAAGAAAUCAAAGCACAAGUCGAAAAGGACAGCUGCUGAGAUGCAAGGCGAACCAGCAUAAGCACAUGCCAUCUUAUAUAUUAACUGAAAAAUUUUAGAUAAACAAACCCUCCCUCUGAGCAACUUCAUGGUGGAGGAAAUGGGGGUAGAGUAUGGAAGAGUGAGAGGCAGGAGCUAGUGCCAGUGUGGGUGCAGCGACGGUUCGACAAGUUCUGCCGGAAAGAAAUCAUCUAGCGUUCGACUGUGAAGAGGGCAACAGUUUUCUGCAAUAUGCAUGAAUCUUCUAAUUGAAAUUUCUUGCAUGGAAUUUUUUUUUUCCGUUACAUAAUUUUAUUCUUGAGUAGUUAAGAGGGGAUUGAUAUCUUGUUUUAGCUGUUCUUUAUUUAGUCUGUUGACACUUUGAGAGAUGAAUCUCGUCACUACUAUGUUGAAAUAUCAGUUGUUGCCACUACUUCAUAUCGUUUGUUAUAUCAUUCGGUAACUUUUCCA